AUGUCGCGUGUCCCGCUGCAGAACCUGUCCACGUCGACUGCGCGGGCCAGUCCCAUAUCCGAGCUCACGCCCCGUACUCCCCGCACACCCCAUUCGCGCGCCGGACGCGCCGAGGAGGGCUUCACCGCCGUCGAGUUGGACGAGUACGGGGACGACGAGUACCAGUCAUACCGCGCAGAACAACAGGCGCACCAGUCCGAACCCCUACUUCAAUCUUCAACCGAUGCUACGUUUGGUCAUCGACUGGAUGAUACCAAGUCGGGUUCUGGAAAGGGAGCAUCAGGCGCGCUCCUGAGCGUGCUCGGUUGGGUGCGGAAGAAUGUUGGGCUUGCGGGAGGAGUGGUCGGAUCAGCGCUUCUACUCAUCAUGAUCUACCUGGCUUUAGAGAAACCGGCCACAUUGGCUGAAUACGUCGGCCUCGACCCCAACGCUACGGAGCUGUCUGCCGCUGCAGGCGCGGAGUUGAUCUCCUACGAAAACCACACCGUCUUCCCGCUCACACCUGGCCAAUAUGCCGAUCAUUGCACCAAACUCACUGGCGGCUUCAUGAAGUUGGGAGGGUUUUGGGAUCCUGGACCAGACGUGGCGCAUCCAACUGCCUCAGAUCCCAAUAUCUGCGAGAGUAGCAUCACAUAUAUGCUUGAUGGGACAGUUGGACUGAUCGCAGACUUGAAUCUUAUGGCGCAAGUCGCGGGGCUGGCGAGGGAGUUUAAUAGGACAUUUGUCGUCAACGAUGAUUAUUGGAAUCGCGGCCGCUGGACCGAUCACUUUGAGGAUGUACAGAAGACGCAGCCAGGCCCACAACCUGGGUGUCAAGUCCCUUCGAAAGAGCUGGUUGCAUGUCCACGCUCUGCAAAACAUUGGGUGAUUACAGCCCGCACAGCAAAAUAUCAUCUCGGUCACUCCUUCCACGAAACCUUCGAGGACCCCUAUUCUCAUGGCCUACACCGCGCCCGCCCAAUCUACCAACGCGCUCAGACGUCCUUCUCUCAGACCUUCAUACCGAACGCAGAAAACCAACGCCUGAUUCGCUUCGCUCGCUCAGAGCUCGCCUCCAUGCUCCCACAAAGGCUCGAGCCGAACAACAGCUAUGUGGCCGUACACAUCCGACGGGGACGUUCGGGUAUGGCUUGGAACUGGCAUCAACAACCCAUACCUGUCAGCGUGCAUGCGGAAGCUGCUACGCGUGUCCUCGGAGAGAAGGAGGCAAAGCUGGUCUAUGUCGCGUCGGACGAUCCGGCCGCAUACGAUGAUACGAGGAUGCUACUUCCUCCGGAGACGCAGGCGUUGAGUUUGGCGGACAGCGCGGCGCCUCCGCUGAGAGCAAUCGCUAGCGACGAGGUCUAUGAUCAGAAAAAGUUCGGCGCCCUGGAAGAGGGCGUCACGGUGGCGUUGACGAGGGGAAUGAUUGUGGACUUCGCGAUGUUGAGUGGAAUGUGGCCAGAGGAAGGGCUGAAUCUACCGACACCAAGGGCUGUAGUAUGCGGCAUCAACUCGAAUGUCUGUAGAGCGGCCGCGCUCGGCUAUGGCUUUGUCCACGCCUUCGGGCAUAUGAACGAACAGGGUGAAAUCAACCAGGACAAGGCGCGCUGGAUAGAUGUCGAUCAGAAGGGGGCUGUCGUACCGGAGUGGAUGGCUUUCGAGCUCUUCAAUUGA